GCUGCGUAUCAUCAGUCACAGACUCAGAGAGAGAAGCAGAUACAAACAGACGAUGAUGGAGAAAGUUCUUCUCAGCAUCAUAGCUGCGUCAGUGCUGUGUGUCGUCUCGUCACACGUUCAGCAUCAGUACCACUUUGUUUAUGAGGUGAAGAACAUGACUGAAGCGCAGAGUUACUGCAGAGACAAAUACACAGACCUGGCCACGAUAGACGACAUGGAGGAUGUGAAGACCCUGACAGACAUGGUGGAUUUAAACAAAAUGGUCCUCGAUGAAGACGGCCAGGCGACGGUCUGGAUAGGACUGUACGAUGACGAACAGCUGAACAGCUGGAGGUGGUCAGACAGACAUGCAGAGGUUGAGUUCACAAAUUGGGCCAAAGGCGAACCGAACAACGAUGGGAGUGUUGAAUACUGCACAGAGAUGUAUGAUCCUGGAGUAUGGAACGAUCUUCGUUGUGCCAGAACCCUUCGGGCAGUCUGCUCUUCUGUGAGAGGGUCAGAUGUGAAAUUUAUCCUCAUCAAUACUACCAUGAAUUGGACUGAGGCCCAGAGCUACUGCAGAGCAAACUACACAGACCUGGCCACUGUGAGAAAUGAAGCAGAGAACCAGGAGGUGAAGAAUCUAACUGAUGGAGAAGAAGUCUGGAUCGGCCUCUUCAAAGACUCCUGGAAGUGGUCUGAUGGAAGUAACUCCUCCUUUAGGUACUGGGCCUCAGGAGAACCUAACAACUACGCUGGGAAGAAGGAGGAUUGUGUGGCAAUGAACUUCAACCAUGCUGGAGGUUGGGAGGACUGGAACUGUGACCAGAACAAACCAUUUAUUUGUUACAAAGGAAUCUUCACACCUUCAUCAUCUUUCCCUGAAACCACAGAGCAGUUUGCAGAGAUUGAUCCAAAGCACAAGAUGCGUGUGAGUGUGAAGAUGAACUCCGCCCUGGAUCUGAACAACCCUGAGGUGAUGGAGGAAGUCUUGAAGCAGCUCAAACAGAGGAUGAAAGAGAAGGGGGUGAAUGAAGACGUCAAACUGAGCUGGAAGAAGCAGCCUGAUGGAAAAGUCUUCCACAAGGAGAAGAAGAAGACGUUCUGCCUUCUAAGCCCCUCCCACAGGGGCCGUUCACGCUGCACGCACGUGAAGGCUCGUCCCCAUAGUAACGCUGUGGACACACCGAAGAGUGGUGACAAGCGUCCUGCGCAUCAGUACCACUUUGUUUAUGAGGUGAAGAACAUGAAAGAAGCGCAGAGUUACUGCAGAGACAAAUACACAGACCUGGCCACGAUAGACGACAUGGAGGAUGUGAAGACCCUGACAGGCAUGAUGGAUUUAAACAAAAUGGUCCUCGAUGAAGACGGCCAGGCGACGGUCUGGAUAGGACUGUACGAUGACGAACAGCUGAACAGCUGGAGGUGGUCAGACAGACAUGCAGAGGUUGAGUUCAAAAAUUGGAAGAAAGGCCAACCAGACAACUAUAUGAGUGUUGAACACUGCACAAUGAUGUUAACUACUGGAAAAUGGAACGAUGAGCGUUGUGACCGAACCCUUCGGGCAGUCUGCUCUUCUGUGAGAGGGUCAAAUGUGACAUUUAUCCUCAUCAAUUCUACCAUGAGUUGGACUGAGGCCCAGAGCUACUGCAGAGCAAACUACACAGACCUGGCCACUGUGAGAAAUGAAGCAGAGAACCAGGAGGUGAAGAAUCUAACUGAUGGAGAAUGGGUCUGGAUCGGCCUCUUUAGAGACUCCUGGAAGUGGUCUGAUGGAAGUAACUCCUCCUUUAGGUACUGGAAGUCAGGAGAACCUAAUGGUGGGAAGAAGGCUUGUGUGGCAAUGAACUUCAACCGUUCUGGAGGUUGGGGGGACUGGACCUGUGACCAGAACAAACCAUUUAUUUGUUACAAAGAGAUUGUUCCAAAGCACAAGAUGCGUGUGAGUGUGAAGAUGAACUCCGCUCUGGAUCUGAACAACCCUGAGGUGAUGGAGGAAGUCUUGAAGCAGGAGUCUUUUGAGACCGUGGUGGAGAGGAGGACACUGAAUAAACUGUUCUCCAUCAUGGACAUUGACCAGCAGCCUCUCCAUCACACAGUGGACAGACAGCGGAGGAGGAGAAGGUGCUCCGCUGACUAA